GGACGAGCCGGGCCACCCAGGACCGCGGCUGCAGCGGGGGAGCGCUUUGCGGGGGACACAGGGCUGCCCGGCGUCGGCCGCGAUGCUCCCCUCUUUGCAGGAGUCUCUGGACGGGGACGAGAAGGAGCUGGAGAGCAGUGAGGAGGGCGGCCCGGCCGAGGAGCGGAGACUCGAGCCGCCGCCCAGCAGCCACUACUGCCUCUACAGCUACCGUGGAAGCAGAUUGGCACAGGCGCGAGGGGAUAGUGAAGAUGGAAGUCCAAGUGGCACGAACGCAGAAACUCCCUCUGGUGAUGACUUCAGCCUCUCCUUGGCGGAUACUAAUCUGCCACCUGAAGUGGAGCCAGAGCUGCGCAGCUUCAUCGCUAAGCGUCUUUCCAAGGGAGCCGUCUUCGAGGGCCUGGGUAAUGUUGCAUCCGUGGAGCUGAGAACUCCAGGUUACCGGGUUGGUUGUUACUACUGCCUUUUUCAACAAGACAGACUGCUUCCUGAAACUGCAACCAUGGACUCUGAAUCCAGUCCUUCAGACUAUGUGGUCUGCUUUUUAGGAGGGUCUGAGAAAGGACUUGAGCUUUUCAGGCUUGAAUUGGACAAGUACAUUCAGGGGCUGAAAGAUAAAUUGAACUGUGAGGAAAGUGGCAUGGAAGUCCACAUUAAGUCCUACCUGAGCAGCUGGUUUGAAGAUGUCGUAUGCCCGAUCGAAAGGGUGGUUCUUCUCUUUCAGGAGAAGCUUAACUUUCUGCUCCAUGCUGCACUAAGUUACACUCCUGUUGAGGUUAAAGAAUCAGAUGAAAAAACAAAGAGAGACAUUAACAGGUUUCUGAGUGUGGCCAGUCUCCAGGGCCUUAUUCACGAAGGCACCAUGACCUCUCUGUGUAUGGCCAUGACUGGGGAGCAGCACAAGUCGGUGGUCAUCGAUUGCAGCAGCCCCCGGCCGCAGCUCUACAACGCAGGAAGCAACCGGUUUUGUGAAGAUUGGAUGCAGGCUUUUUUAAAUGGUGCUGAAGGAGGUAAUCCUUUUCUUUUUCGACAAGUGCUGGAGAACUUUAAACUAAAGGCCAUACAAGACACAAAUAAUUUGAAGAGAUUUAUCCGACAGGCAGAAAUGAAUCAUUAUGCUUUAUUUAAAUGUUACUUGUUCCUAAAGAACUGUGGUAGUGGAGAUAUCCUCUUGAAGAUUGUUAAAGUGGAACAUGAAGAAAUGCCAGAAGCAAAAAAUGUGGUAGCGGUCCUGGAAGAAUUUAUGAAAGAAUCUUCUUAAAAUUUUUGAUCAAAUGUUUUGGGACAACUAUAUGUUGAAGUUGUAUAACUGAGCCUUGAAGUUUGGAAUUACAGUUGUAGUUGUUGAUAGGCAAUGCGUUCUAGAUUCCUUUUUCAUUUUUUACUUUAAAAUUUUAACUUAAUUAAACAUUCAAUCUGAGG